AUGCUUGCCGACAGGUACAGAGGAUUAGAAAGCAGAGGCAAGCGACGACCACGUGAAGGGGAGAAGGUCGCCCCCUCACAGAGCGGGCCUGAUGGCCCGAUUCUCGCCACCCGAAGCCGCUCGCGCUCUGCGUACCUGACCCGCGUCCCUUCGGCUAGUGAAGCGAGGGGUAUUUAUGACGUUUUAUGGCAGGACACCCCCGCGCAGUUUGGGGAAAAGGGAGCCUUUUGUCUGCAACCGGAUCCCGCCCAAUCCUCGAAAGGGUGCUUUCCCCACCCACGCGACCGCUCGUCACAGGCGCCUUCCCACGGCGCGACCGCGGCGCGCUUCCUUCAAGGAGAGAGCUUUCCGUCGCAGCCCGCGGAGCACGGCCGCAACGCGCCGCGGGUAGGUUUUCGCGGCCUCCGGCGACGACGACAAAGGACGGAGCAGGUAGAAGCUCGGCGCGGGCAGUUGGGAAGCUCCAUUUACAGUGGUUGUGCUAGCGGUGGCACGUGGCCUCCUCGCUUUCGCGUAGUGGGACCGCCGGCUUGCCCGCGCCGCGGCCGCGCCAUGGGAAGGGGCCCUAUCUGUGCACACACGAUUUGUCCCGCCAACGAUUGCCCGAUACGGAAGACGGAUGAUUUCCGAUCCGUCAUCGCCGAUGCAAGCCGUAGCUGCCUGGAGGUUGGCGACAGGGCGGCAACGCUAAACGGCCACGCUGAGAUGUCUGGGGGCGGCCCGCCCGUGACGCCGGUCAACAACCCCACCACUGUGCGUGCUGUGCUGCCCGCCGACAACGACAACAACUAA